GGCUUUAGUGUUUCUUAGCUUUCUGUCUCUCCCUUUGGCUUUGGCGGCUCUCAAAAAAUUUUCGAAGCUUUUGCUUUGCUCUCUCACUGAAACCCUAAUUUUCUCUCGCAGAAGAUAAUUUUUUUUCACACAAAGAGACUUAUAGAGACAAAUAUAAAGCUAUAAUUUCAUAUAUAUUUGUUUAUCUUUGAGAGAUUUUGAUUUUGUUUGCAUUGAAAAUUGGAAAUUUUUUGGACCUGAAGCUUGAAGAGGACGAUAAUGGAGGGUACGGUAGGGCAAAAGGAGAAACAGCACGAGUUCACUUUGGUUUCAGUCUCGGACCUCGCUUCGUCUUCUUCGGAAUCUCAGUCCAAGCCUGUAGUGGCUCGGUUCUCCGACGAUUCUGGACUCGCCGAGCUUCGAUUUCACAAGGAAUCUGAAUCGGCUGCUGCUAUCAAUGUUGAUCUUCGAACUGCUCAGAUAUUCAAAUUAAGCUCUGUUCAAUCAGUUUGCUUUACUGAAGGGUCUGAUUCCACUGAGGAGAAGUCAUCUUAUUCAAGGGGAGUCACUGUCCAAUUUAGAAACGAAGAGGAGAGCAGAGCCUUCCAUUGUGCAUUUAAGCAAUGGAAAGAGGAAAUUCUUGAAGGCAAAGCAUUACCAAAUGGAACAAUUUCAGCUACUAAAUGCAAGUUUGAUGACAAAAUAGAGGCAUCUUCUGCUAAAAUGUAUUUCCAUUAUUAUGGACAGUUGUUGCAUCAGCAAAAUAUGUUACAGGAUUAUGUGAGAACAGGAACCUAUUAUGCUGCCGUUAUUGAGAACCGUGCAGAUUUUAUUGGUCGUGUAGUGGUUGAUGUUGGCGCCGGCAGUGGUAUUUUGUCAUUAUUUGCUGCUCAGGCUGGUGCAAAACAUGUUUAUGCUGUGGAAGCAUCUGAAAUGGCAGAAUAUGCACGAAAGCUUAUUGUUGGGAAUCCAUCAUUGGGUCAACGGAUUACUGUAAUUAAAGGUAAAGUUGAGGAAGUUGAAUUGCCAGAGAAAGCAGAUAUUCUGAUCUCGGAGCCAAUGGGAACAUUGUUGGUUAAUGAAAGAAUGCUAGAGUCCUAUGUGAUUGCAAGAGAUCGGUUUCUUGUUCCUAAUGGGAAAAUGUUUCCUUCAGUUGGAAGGAUACAUAUGGCACCUUUCAGUGAUGAAUAUUUGUUUAUUGAAAUUGCAAAUAAGGCUCUCUUUUGGCAGCAACAGAAUUAUUAUGGUGUUGAUUUGACACCCUUGUAUGGAUCUGCAUUCCAGGGAUACUUUUCUCAGCCUGUGGUAGAUGCUUUUGAUCCAAGAUUAUUGGUCGCUUCUCCAACGUAUCAUGUGUUAGACUUCACAAAAUCUAAGGAAGAGGAUUUAUAUGAAAUUGAGAUUCCGUUGAGAUUCACUGCUUCUGUGGGUGCUAGAGUGCAUGGGUUGGCUUGCUGGUUUGACGUAUUGUUUAAUGGGAGUACUGUGCAAAGAUGGCUUACCACUGCCCCUGGUGCACCAACAACGCACUGGUACCAAUUACGUUGUGUCCUCGCUCAGCCAAUUUAUGUCAUGGCGGGACAAGAAAUUACUGGCCAACUCCGCAUGGUUGCCCACAAUGCUCAGAGUUAUACAUUAUAUCUUACAUUGAUGGCUAAAAUGUGGGGCCCUGGUGCUGAACAAGGAGGAAUAAUUCAAGCAUCGUCAUGCAAACUUGAUCUUAAGGAGCCCUACUACAGAAUGUCUCAACCACAAGCAUAUCCAUUAGCCCAAGAUCAGCAAUCACAUCCACUAAUUAACACACAGGAUAUACAAAUUCAAUCUCAAGAUUUUGAAGAAGCUGAGUUAAUGCAGCACCCAUCACCAAAUUCAGGUGCUCAAAUGAAUUCCAUGGCGGAAAAUAAUUAAAUUUAGAAAGUGCCCGAGGAACAUUUUUAACACGGGCAUCAGUUUGUAUCAUAAAACCUGCUUUUCCCUUGCAAGGGCCAGGAAUAGGCAUCAGUCCUCCCAACUCUAUUGUGACCCCCCCCCUCCCCUCUCUUUUUUCCGCCCUGCAUUUAGGUCUGAUCCCUGUAGAUUAUGGCUACAUGGUUUUACUAUUUAUUAUUUGUGUGGUGCAGCAGAUCCUAUACAAUACAUCAUAAUUUAACCAUUUAGGUAAUAAAAAUACCGAUUGGUGCAGAAUCAAAA